CUAAAAUUUGUCCCGCUCCAGCCCCUGACUAUCCGAACUCGCCUAAAGAUGGUGUUUAGCUAGACGAGCUAAAAAAAGUAUCGAAACAUUUUUAGAGCAGAAUGGCCACUGCUAUGGACGUCGAUUCUGAAGAAAUCGAAUUACCAACUUCUAGUAGCUCGAAGGGAGAGAAGAAACGAUUUGAAGUUAAAAAGUGGAAUGCCGUUGCACUUUGGGCUUGGGAUAUUGUUGUGGACAACUGUGCUAUUUGCCGCAAUCAUAUAAUGGAUUUAUGUAUUGAAUGUCAAGCUAAUCAAGCUUCUGCCACUAGCGAAGAAUGUACAGUAGCCUGGGGAGUAUGUAAUCAUGCCUUUCACUUUCAUUGCAUAUCGAGAUGGUUGAAGACGAGACAAGUGUGUCCUUUAGACAAUAGAGAAUGGGAAUUCCAAAAGUACGGUCACUAGUAAUUACUACUACUGCUGAGGAUAUGCAGCCUAACACAAUGACUGCUCUAAGUUCUUUUAAUUACUCUUGAAAUUUCGAAUUCUGAUAAUAUAAUUUCAUUUUUCUGGCUUGAAUUUGUUUAUUUCUAUUUAAUAAAAGUUUUUUUUGUAAUUCGUA